GAGUCGACUCUCAAACCCUAACGAAAUCAAGAUGGGAAUUUAUAGAGCUAGCUUGGAAGAUUACUGAUUAUCUGAUGGAAGUAAAGUCUAGUCUUUAUCUGUGUAAAGUCAGGGAAUAUCGCCAAAGGACACCAAUGCGGAAAAGCCAGACUGAACGGUAGAUUUAAAGCACAUUUAAAGCUAACGGGAGAGGGUGUUUUUUAUACGGCGCGACUAAACAAACAAACAAGUAAGCAAACAGACCUACAGCGUACUCCUCGGGGGGAACAAUUAUAUUUCUCACACUACACACUGGACGUCAAACUGGGCGCAAAUCACAAGAAAUGAUCUAAAAAGUAGGUUGUAAACAAUGCAUACGAAUGAAAAGACUGCAGGGAAUUUACUUCCGGUAUCGGUGCGUGACGUAGGCGGCUGGGUUCCUCCGGUGUUUUGGUGUGUUGAGAGAGAUGUGGCUGAAUCCGACCGAGGUGUCGCUGAAAAAUGCGCUGAAUCUCUGGAUCACGGACAGAUCUAACGAUUAUUUCCUCCUGCAGCGAAGAAGGGGACAUGGAGACACCGGGGGGAAAUUCACAGGUAUGUUGGUGGGAGCACUGGACACCGUGUUGGACUCAAAUGCACGAGUCGCUCCAUUUAGGAUCCUUCUACAAGUUCCGGGUUCACAGAGCGGCUGGGUCAUUGCUAGUGGAGCCACAGCUGAAGAAGUGCAGAAACACUGGAAAUGGUUGGACCAGAACUUGUUGCCGUACAUGUCGGUAUUUGAGAACAAACAGGAUGCUGCAAGCUUUGUGCAGGGCAAAGUCAAGGGCCUGAUUGCCGAGGAAGUGCUCGUUGGCCAGGCGGCGCUGGAAGAUGACCCAACCCGUUUCCGUGAGGCGAUGAUGCGAUUCGAGCAGCGAUUUGGCCUCCCGCUGAAAGAAAAAUUGGUUGCUCAUUACUCCUGCUGCUGCUGGAAAGGCAGAGUGCCUCGUCAGGGCUGGAUCUACCUCUCCACCAAUCACCUGGCUUUCUACUCGUUCUUGCUUGGAAAAGAGGUGAAGCUGUUGAUCCCGUGGGCAGAAGUCACGGCUCUGGAGCGUGCGACCUUUGGUCUCAUCAACGACGCGAUCCGAGUCCGAACGCGCCAAAAGCAGCGUGAAUUCUCCAUGUUUCUUGAUGUGGAUGAAGUGAUGACCGUCAUGACUCAGCUGGGCGAUAUGGCACUGCGAAGACUGUUUGAUAAUGGCAAAAUGGAACCGGACUCCAAUAUUACUAAACGGGCACUGGAGCAGCAGGCCAUGCGCCAGUACGUUCUGUCACUCUUCGGCCUCCCGCGUUCUGAGACGCUAAAAGAAGUGAUGCGAUGUGCAGCUUGGACGCCUCACGCCCGAUGUCACACGGCUGGGAAUCUCUAUGUUACGGAAAAUUACAUGGCCUUCAGCAGCCUUCAGGAGGGGCACUGCACCCUCCUCAUCCCGCUAGCCGAGGUGCAGUCUGUGGAGAAAGCAGAAAGCACUGGUGCUCUGCCAAACCCUGUGAUCAUCAGCAUGCGUUCGAAGCGGGCUUUCCAGCUAAUCGAAGUGAAGCGACGAGACCAGUUGGUGGACAAUCUGAACACCUGUCUCCAAGUGUUGCACUGGCACAGCGACCGCAAAAGGACUCUGAUUUCCUCCACCCCUUAUUACACAUUUUGCUAUGACACGGACGACACGCUCCAUCCCAUUAUUCUCGAGGAAGCGUUAAUCACAACAUUCCAGACCAGCCAAUCGGAAUCUUCCGAACGCAGGCGCCUGUGGGACGAGCACUUUGAAGAGUUCGGACGCGGUGUUCACAUGUUCCACACUGAAAAAACACAAAAACUGGUGGCUGCGGGCAUCCCAGAGUCUCUGCGUGGAGAGAUGUGGCUCACCUUUUCAGAUGCACGGUCCUCUAUGAACACCCACUCACGUUCUUACUCUGAUUUGCUGGAGGAGAGGACAAACGAGCAGACGAGUGACGAGAUCGAGAGAGACCUGCGGCGUUCGUUGCCUGAACAUGCUGCGUUUCAGAGCGAGACAGGCAUCGCAGCGCUGCGUCGCGUACUCAACGCCUACGCCUUCCGCAACCCAGGCAUCGGGUACUGCCAGUCUAUGAACAUCUUAGCAUCAGUGUUGCUGCUCUACACGAGAGAGGAAGAAGCAUUCUGGCUGCUGGUCACAGUGUGUGAGAGAAUGCUGCCUGAUUAUUUCAACCGCAGAGUCAUUGGUGCUCAGGUGGACCGUUCUGUGUUUGAGGAGCUGAUCCGUGAGCGAUUGCCCCACCUGGCCGAGCGCGUUCCAGACCUUACCGCUCUUUCAUCGCUCUCGCUCUCCUGGUUUCUUGCUCUAUUCCUCAGCACUGUUCCAUUCCGUACCGGCCUGCGCAUCCUCGACUGCUUCUUCUGCCAUGGCGUCAAAAUCAUUUUCCAGCUGGGCCUUGCUGUGCUCGAUGCUAAUGUCAAUGAAAUUUGUGCUAGCACUGACGAUGGUCAGUCUCUGAUGAUACUGACCAGUUUCCUGGAGCAUGUCCGAGACGACGAGGGGUCGUGUGUGAGUUCCGAGGAGAUGGGGCCUGCAGGACACACACCAAUCAGUGCUCUCAUCAAUGAUGCAUAUGAGAAAUUUGGGGACUUGACGGUAAAGCAGCUGGAAAGGAUGAGAUCAAGACACAGAAUCCAAGUUCUGCAGGCCCAUGAGGACACCUCUAAAGAGAACACACUGCGGCUUGUCUUGCCUGGUGUCUCUCUCUCUCAGGAGGAUCUGUCAGAACUCUACGACCUCUUUAAGACAGAACAUUUCAUUAACCUGUACUGGGGAGACGGAGUGUGUUCUGCUUCUCCUGAACAAUACCAAGUGGACCGAGCCCAGUUUAAGAGCCUCUACCAGCUGUUGAUGCCUUGGCAGUGUGGAUCACACAUGGAUACAAUGGCACAGAGAACCUUCAACCUGCUGGACCAAGAUGGACAAAACCAUAUCACAUUCAGCCAGUUCACCUGCUGGAUUGACACCCUGUACUGUGAAGAGCUGAAUGAGAAAGUCAGGCUUCUCUACCGUCUUCACAUUCCACCUGCCCUGACUGAGAACGAAGGCAAUCCUUCUCCUAUGAAGGCUCCCAUUCUUUCCACCACCAGACCUCUCUGCGUCAACCUGCCCAAUGGAGAGGGGAAAAGCUAUGAAGAGCAGCUGAAGCAGAUGUUGAAGGAUUUGGGCAAAGAGAAAGACAAAGGUCUGGAGAAGCCCCUCCCUCAUAUGAAACAACGAGAGUUUGUCCAGUUUUGCAAGACGCUGUGCAGCAUGUUCCAUGGCGUCCCCGGUGAAAAUGAACUCUUCCAAGCCAUUGCUGUGGUCACCAGUUUAGUACUGCAGAUUGGUGAGGCCCGGAACAAGGGAGCCAAACCAAAGGAAUCGGACCAAACAACCAUGGUUUCUGCUUCUGCGAGAGAAAGCAUGUUGGAGGCAGAAAUUGAUUGGACGGUGAGUUUUGAGCAGAUUUUGGCCUCACUGCUGACCGAGCAGGUACUUGUAAAUUUCCUGGAGACACCAGUGGAUCUCAGUGGGAAGAUUGCAUCGGCAAAGGAGAAGCAGUAUCAGCAGCGUUCAGGACUGCUGAUGGUCCAGCACAGCUUCAGCUAAGACCUGGACCAUCCUAGACUUAUGUUUUUAGAUGCUUGACUAACAGGAAUCUGUGAUUCUGCAGCCGAUUUCUUGGGUUUUGCUCAAUCCAUGGUUUGUAGUGAAACAAGAAAAUUCCAGCGACAGGCUAGAAAAAACAUUGUGCCAUAUUGAGACAAAAAUGAGCCAUUUCUACUGAUCCCUGAGGAAGAUGUAAAAAGAUUGUACGCUGGAAUAGAAGUAUUAGAAUCCAUAUGGUCCUUCAUUAGUCAUUUAAAUCUUGCACUGAUUCAAUCACAGUUCAGUAGGUUCCUCAGUUUCAGCUCAGUUCUAGAAUUCUGAAAGAAAAGAAGUAUAAACAGAUCUCUUGUCUGUUUAGAUCUCUCUAAGAUCAUAGGCUGAUUCUAUACAAACUUUUGAAUGGUCUUUUAACAUCUUUUAUGAUAUGUGGUUCAGAGACAGAGACGUGGUUCAGAGACUUGUACAGUGGUUCCCGACCUGUCUACUGGAGCACGACUAUGUUGCAUACGUUAUUGUUUUAUCCUGCUUGGAACUCUCUUUGAUUUUACCCUGAAUUUCUCCCAAUUUGGUAAUUACCACCAACUAGACAUGCCAGCCCUGAAGGGGGAACAACACGUAGUCCACGGAGGGUUUACUGUUUUUUUUUUUUUUUGUUUUGUUUUUUUUUAUUUUUUUUUUUUAUAAAUAAUCCUUGCACAAAUCACUUGCAUAAAGUUGAAACGGUAUUGUGUGUGUGUGUGUGUGUGUG